AUGGGAGACGCAGACAGCCACGGUGCCGCCAAUGGCUCCGGUAGCAGUCGAAAUGGUGUCACAGUCCCCCGCAUCAAUGGCAAGGCGUCAUAUGCCGAAAAGCGAAAGGUGGCCGCGCACUUCAUCGGUGGCAACAAGCUGGAAAACGCGCCUGCCUCCAAGGUGAAGGAAUUCGUCGCCAACAACGAUGGGCAUACCGUGAUCACAAAUGUUUUAAUUGCAAACAACGGUAUUGCCGCCGUAAAAGAGAUCCGAUCUGUGCGAAAAUGGGCCUACGAAACAUUCGGCGACGAACGGGCUAUCAAAUUCACCGUGAUGGCCACGCCAGAGGAUCUGCAAGCGAACGCCGACUACAUUCGAAUGGCAGACCACUACGUCGAAGUACCAGGCGGCACCAAUAACCACAACUACGCGAACGUCGAGCUUAUUGUCGACGUUGCUGAGCGUAUGGACGUACAUGCUGUCUGGGCAGGAUGGGGUCAUGCGUCGGAAAACCCGAAACUCCCGGAGUCGCUAGCUGCAUCGCCAAAAAAGAUUGUCUUUAUCGGCCCACCAGGCUCGGCUAUGCGGUCCCUUGGCGACAAGAUCUCCUCUACAAUCGUCGCUCAACACGCCGACGUUCCUUGCAUCCCGUGGUCGGGGACAGGCGUCGACAAGGUUACCGUCGAUGAAGAUGGGAUUGUGACGGUUCCAGACGAUGUCUACCUCAAGGGCUGCGUUACGUCUUGGGAAGAAGGCCUCCAGAAAGCCAAGGAAAUUGGCUUCCCUGUUAUGGUCAAGGCCUCUGAAGGCGGCGGUGGCAAGGGUAUCCGCAAGGUUCUCAGCGAAGACGGCUUCGAGGAGCUUUAUAAGGCCGCGGCUAGCGAGAUCCCGGGGUCUCCCAUCUUCAUUAUGAAGCUGGCAGAUAGUGCGAGACAUUUGGAGGUUCAGCUUCUUGCGGAUCAAUAUGGGAACAAUAUCUCUCUUUUCGGCAGAGAUUGCUCGGUGCAACGGAGACAUCAGAAGAUUAUCGAAGAAGCACCAGUGACAAUUGCGAAACCGAACACCUUCAAGGCCAUGGAGAACGCCGCUGUCCGCCUUGGAAGGCUUGUCGGUUACGUCUCCGCCGGAACUGUGGAAUACCUUUAUUCGCACGCCGACGACAAGUUCUACUUCCUGGAACUCAACCCGCGUCUGCAGGUCGAGCACCCAACCACUGAAAUGGUCAGCGGGGUUAACCUUCCCGCCGCCCAGCUCCAGGUUGCGAUGGGUCUCCCCCUGCACAGGAUCAAGGACAUCAGGCUCCUGUAUGGCGUUGAUCCCAAAACAGCAACAGAAAUCGACUUUGAGUUCAAGGACCCAGCGAGCGAGAAGACCCAGAGGCGGCCGACGCCGAAAGGCCACACAACUGCGUGCCGCAUUACCUCCGAAGAUCCUGGUGAGGGGUUCAAGCCGUCUAACGGUGUACUCCACGACCUAAAUUUCCGCUCCAGCUCAAACGUUUGGGGCUACUUCUCUGUCGGAUCUGCAGGUGGCAUCCACAGCUUUUCGGACUCCCAGUUUGGCCAUAUUUUUGCCUACGGCGAGAAUCGCGCUGCGUCACGGAAGCACAUGGUCGUUGCACUCAAGGAACUGAGCAUCCGCGGUGACUUCCGUACGACUGUUGAGUAUCUGAUCAAGCUUCUUGAGACGGAGGCUUUCGAGGACAAUACCAUUACUACCGGCUGGCUCGACGAGUUGAUCUCCAACAAGCUCACUGCAGAACGGCCAGACCCCAUGCUUGCUGUUGUUUGCGGCGCUGUGACCAAGGGACACAUUGCCAGCGAGGCAUGCAUGGCGGAGUACCGAGCUGGCCUUGAGAAGGGCCAAGUCCCCUCCAAGGAUAUCCUCAAGUCCGUCUUCCCAGUGGACUUCAUCUAUGAAGGCUUCAGAUAUAAGUUCACUGUGACUCGUUCGAGCCCCGACAGCUAUCACCUCUUCAUCAAUGGCUCUAAGUGCUCGGUCGGCGUCCGUGCUCUCAGUGACGGUGGCCUCUUGAUCCUUCUUGACGGCCGCAGCCACAAUGUCUACUGGAAAGAGGAAGUUGCCGCAACCCGAAUCUCCGUUGACAGCAAGACAUGUCUCCUUGAGCAGGAGAACGACCCGACUCAGUUACGGACACCUUCUCCCGGCAAACUUGUCAAGUACUCGGUAGAGAAUGGCUCGCAUGUCAGGGCUGGCCAGACCUUCGCCGAGGUCGAGGUUAUGAAGAUGUACAUGCCUCUGAUUGCUCAAGAGGAUGGUAUUGUACAGCUUAUCAAGCAGCCGGGCGCCACACUCGAGGCUGGAGACAUCCUCGGCAUAUUGGCACUGGACGACCCCAGUCGUGUCAAGCAGGCUCAGUCCUUUAUCGGACAACUCCCAGAGUUUGGUUCGCCAGUUAUCAUGGGCAGCAAGCCAUCCCAGAGGUUCACUGUUCUGUACAACACACUCAAGAACAUCUUCAUGGGCUUUGACAACCAGGUGAUUAUGCUUUCAACGCUCAAGGAGCUCAUCGAGGUGCUCCGCGACCCCAAGCUUCCCUACAGCGAGUUUUCUGCACAGUUCUCUGCCUUGCACGCCCGUAUGCCUCAAAAGCUCGAUGCGCAGUUCACCCAGGUGCUCGAUCGUGCGCUGCAGAGGCAAGCUGAGUUUCCUGCACGAAACUUGGCCAAGGUGUUCCAGAAAUUUUUGGAUGACAACAUUGCCUCUAAAGCGGACGCCGACUUGUUGAAGGCCACCCUAGAACCACUCACCACGGUGCUUGACCUCUACGCCGAUGGCCAGAAGGUCAGGGAGCUGCAGGUGAUCUCAGAUCUCUUGAAGACCUACACAGAUGUGGAGCAUCUCUUCUCAGGCCGGAGAUUGCAGGAUGAGGAGGUCAUUCUCAAGCUCCGUGACGAGAACAAGGACGACAUCCAGAAUGUCGUUCUCACAGUUCUGUCCCACAGCAGACUCGCGGCAAAGAACUCGCUUGUUUUGGCUAUUCUUGAGGAAUACCGCCCCAACAAGCCAAAUGUGGGCAACGUUGCCAAAGCCCUUCGACCCGUGCUCCGCAAAAUGGCCGAGUUGGAGUCUCGCCAGACGGCAAAAGUGUCGCUGAAGGCUCGCGAGAUCCUCAUCCAAUGCGCUCUCCCAUCCCUCGAAGAGAGAACGGCCCAAAUGGAGCACAUCCUCCGCUCUUCUGUUGUCGAGUCACGCUACGGCGAGACGGGCUGGGACCACAGAGAGCCCAGCUUGGAGAUUAUCAAGGAGGUUGUCGACUCGAAGUACACGGUAUUUGAUGUCCUGACCGCCUUCUUUGCCCAUGAGGACUCUUGGGUUUCUUUGGCCGCCACUGAGGUCUACGUGCGCCGGGCCUACCGAGCCUACAUCCUGAAAAAAAUUGAGUACCACUGCGACGAGACAGACACGCCGACCUUCGUGUCUUGGGAUUUUGCUCUGCGGAAGAUUGGCCAGUCAGAGUAUGGACUGCCUCUCAUGUCUGCCGCCCCGUCAUCUCCGGCUACCCCUGUCGACCACAGCUUCAAGCGCAUCCACUCCAUCAGCGAUAUGUCCUACCUGACUCAAAAGACACAAGAAGAGCCUAUCCGCAAGGGAGUCAUCGUUCCUUGCAGGUACAUUGAGGAUGCUGAAGAGCUGUUGUCCAAGGCUCUCGACACGCUGCCUGUGGCAGGAGGAUUGCGCAAGAAGAGCGCUAGUGGGCUCAUCCCCGAUCUCAAUGGCAAGCGCCGCCCCGCGGUGCCAACACCACGUCUAGAAAGCCUAGAUGAGCUCUCGGCUGUUGUCAACGUUGCCAUUCGCGACGCUGAGGGUCGAAGUGACGAUGAAAUCCUCAAGGAUAUUCUUCCCGUCGUGCACCAGUUCAAGGACGAGCUCUUCGCUCGCCGCGUCCGUCGACUGACCUUCAUCUGCGGCCGCAAUGACGGGUCGUACCCUCUCUACUACACUUUCCGUGGGCCGGAGUACAUUGAGGAUGACAGCAUUCGUCACAUUGAGCCAGCGCUUGCCUUUCAGCUCGAACUGGGACGUCUCUCCAAGUUCAAGGUCAAGCCCGUCUUCACUGAAAAUAAAAACAUUCACGUGUACGAGGCUGUGGGCAAGCUCAUGGACACGGACAAGCGAUAUUUUACGCGAGCAGUCAUCCGUCCUGGCCGACUUCGUGAUGAUAUUCCUACGGCUGAAUACUUGAUCUCGGAGGCUGACCGAGUCAUUAAUGAUAUCUUUGAUGCUCUCGAGAUCAUCGGCAACAACAACUCGGAUCUCAACCACAUGUUCAUCAACUUCGCACCAGUCUUCCCGUUGGAGCCAGAAGAGGUUGAGCACUCCCUCCAGGGCUUCCUUGAUCGUUUCGGUUCUCGUGCGUGGCGCCUCCGCGUCGCGCAGGUCGAGAUUCGUAUCAUCUGCACCGACCCCGCCACCGGCAUGCCGUAUCCUCUUAGGGUAAUCAUCACCAACACCUCUGGGUUUGUUAUCCAGGUUGAGAUGUAUGUCGAACGCAAGUCUGAGAAGGGAGAGUGGGUCUUCCAGUCGAUUGGCGGCACCACAAAGAUUGGCUCAAUGCAUCUGCUCCCUGUGUCGACGCCUUACGCAACCAAGAACUGGCUUCAGCCGAAGCGAUACAAGGCACACUUGAUGGGUACUCAGUUCGUCUACGACUUCCCUGAACUUUUCCGCCAGGCCAUCCAAAACAGCUGGGCCAAGGCCGUCAAGAAGCAUCCCACUCUGCAAGACAAGCAGCCGCCUGUUGGCGAAUGCAUCGAGUUCAAUGAACUCGUUCUCGACGACCAGGACAAUCUGGCCGAGGUGUCACGUCUUCCUGGCACCAACAGCUGCGGAAUGGUUGGCUGGCUCAUCAAUGCUAAGACCCCCGAGUAUCCGAAAGGCCGCAAGUUCAUUGUCGUUGCCAACGACAUCACUUACAACAUCGGCUCAUUCGGCCCUAAGGAAGAUGACUACUUCUUCAAGUGCACUGAGCUGGCUCGCAAGCUUGGUAUCCCGCGCAUCUAUCUUUCGGCAAAUUCCGGUGCUCGUCUGGGUCUCGCCAACGAAUUGAUGCCUCACUUCAGCGUCGCUUGGAAUGAUACCAGCAAACCUGAGGCCGGCUUCAAGUAUCUCUACCUCGACGAUGCGGCCAAGAAACGCUUUGAGACAAGUGUCAUCACCGAAGAAAUCACCGAGGGCGGCGAGAGACGCCAUAAGAUCGUCACGAUCGUCGGCGCCGAAGAUGGCCUUGGCGUUGAGUGCUUGCGGGGCUCAGGUCUCAUCGCGGGUGCGACGAGCAGAGCCUACAACGACAUUUUCACAUGUACUCUCGUCACCUGCCGCUCCGUCGGAAUCGGUGCCUACCUUGUUCGUCUUGGCCAGCGUGCUGUCCAGAUUGAGGGCCAGCCCAUCAUUCUCACCGGUGCGCCUGCGCUCAACAAUUUGCUGGGUCGCGAGGUUUAUACCUCGAACCUUCAACUCGGCGGCACCCAGAUCAUGUACCGCAACGGUGUAUCCCAUCUAACUGCGAACGAUGACUUUGCUGGCGUGUCGAAGAUUGUUGAGUGGAUGUCAUUUGUGCCAGACAAGCGUAACAACCCGGUUCCCAUCAGCCCGAGCGUUGACAGCUGGGACCGCGAUGUCAUGUAUAUGCCGCCUCAGAAACAGCCCUAUGACGUCAGAUGGAUGAUUAGCGGUAGGGAUGAUGAGGACGGCUUCCAGCCCGGUCUCUUCGACAAGGACUCGUUCGUCGAGACGCUAGGUGGAUGGGCGCGCACUGUUGUUGUAGGCCGUGCUCGACUUGGAGGCAUCCCCAUGGGUGUCAUCGCUGUCGAGACACGGUCCGUCGAGAACAUCACGCCUGCCGAUCCUGCCAACCCCGAUUCUAUUGAGCAGGUGUCGAACGAAGCCGGCGGUGUCUGGUAUCCCAACUCGGCCUUCAAGACUGCUCAGGCUAUCAAUGACUUCAACUACGGUGAGCAGCUUCCGCUGAUGAUCCUUGCCAACUGGCGUGGGUUCUCCGGUGGCCAGCGCGACAUGUACAACGAGGUUCUCAAGUACGGCUCCUACAUCGUCGAUGCCCUCGUCAAGUUUGAGCAGCCCGUCUUCAUCUACAUCCCGCCCUUUGGCGAGCUUCGUGGUGGCUCAUGGGUCGUUGUCGACCCCACCAUCAACCCGACGGCCAUGGAGAUGUACGCGGAUGUUGAGGCUCGUGGUGGUGUUCUCGAACCGGAGGGCAUCAUCGGGAUCAAGUAUCGCAAGGACAAGCAACUCGAGACCAUGGUUCGCUUGGAUCCCGUCUAUGCUGCUCUCAAGAAGCAGAUGGGCGCCACCAAUCUGUCUAAGGAGGACUCUGACGCGAUUAAGAAGAAGAUGAACAUCCGUGAACAGCAACUUCUGCCCGUCUAUGCUCAGAUCAGCGUGCAAUUCGCUGACCUCCACGACCGCGCUGGCCGCAUGAAGGCCAAGGGAGUCAUCCGCGAGGUUUUGGAGUGGCAAAAUGCACGCCGCUUCUUCUAUUGGCGUGUUCGCAGAAGGCUCAACGAAGAGUACAUUCUCCGGCGCAUCGCUGCUUCGACAACCGCGGUUGGGCUUCACAGCAAGACGACCGGGGCCGCAGCCCCAACUACACCGCAGGUUCGCACUCGUCACCUCCACCUCCUUGAGGCGUGGUGUGGCGUUGCAAACUUUGACAAGAGCGAUCGCGAGGUGGCGAUCUGGUACGAGGAGAAUCGCAAGCUGGUCCACGACAAGGUUGAGGGCCUCAAGGCUGAUGCCAUCGCGGCUGAGAUGCGAGACCUGAUUCGCCUUGGCUCCACUGCAAGCAAGGAUCCCGCCGAGGGUUCCGCGUGGAAGGGUGUCCGGGAGAUUCUGAGUGUGAUGCCGGUGGAAGAGAGGGACAAGGUGCUCAAGUACCUGAAGCACGUGUAA